GUCUGUCCCAUUCUUUACUUACUCUACCAGAAAGAAAGAUAGACAAUUCUUCCGUACAUAUACUGCUUCAUUACACAAUUCUUCCGUACACAUCCAGCUGCAUUACAUUUACACACUUGUUUUGUCAACUGUCAAGUCAACAACAAAGGAGAAGAGUAUUUGGGUGAAAGUGUACGGAAGAAAUUUCAAUUGUUUCUACCAUUUCCAUCAUUUUGAUUUCUUUUCCCAUCUUACAAAGGGGAAAUAUAGAUCUGUAUGGUGGUGGGUUUCAGGGGAAAAUUGCAGUAUGCAACUGAGUUUGGUGAAUGUGGGUGAUUUGAAGAAGAAUUAAGUUCGGUGAAGAAGAAUCUGGGUUAAGUGGUGGAAUCUGGUGAAUUUGAAAGAAGAUUUUAUGCGUAGGAAAUUGUAGGAGUUAGGGGCAAUUAGGUAAGUAUACUUAUAUCACUGUCUUGAACGUCCUGCUGCGAUUGAUGACUGAACUGAUUUAGGCGGUGGUGGUGGAAGCAUCUCUUCUUUUAUUAUUUUGCUGCAUUGUGUUUUAUCAUGAAUUGAAGAACGAAUUUUCCUGCGGUGCGCUAACACUCUUAUAAGAAAAUAAAGGAACGAAGUCGCAUCUACCUUUAGGACUGAUUGCUGUGCUUUCCUCUGGGGUCUAGAACUUAGUAGCAUUUAAUAUGGAGUGUUAUGCUUGCACACAAGUAGGUGUGCCACUUUUCCACUCCACCAGCUGUGAUAGCUACGGAAAACCUUUCGAUCCAACAAGCAAGCGCGUGAAAAUAUGGAACCGCGCUUUGUUAUUUGCGCGUGGUGUUGCAUUGGCCAUUGACCCCAUAUUUUUCUACGCGCUGUCCAUAGGGAGAGGAGGUUCCCCGUGUUUGUAUAUGGACGGUGGUUUGGCAUUCCUUGCUACUGUGGCGCGGUCGGCUAUUGAUGCGAUUCAUCUGCUUCAUAUUCUGCUGCAGUUUAGAUUACCGUAUGUGUUGAGAGAAUCACUUGUGGUUGGACGUGGGAGACUCGUGUGGGACGCACGUGCCAUUGCUUGUCAUUAUAUGAGAUCUCUCAGAGGCUUUUGGUUCGAUGUUUUUGUUAUUCUUCCGGUGCCUCAGGUUGUAUUUUGGGUAGUAGUACCAAAAUUGAUAAAAGAAGAGAGGAUUAAAAUAAUGAUGACAACAAUGCUAUUGAUUUUUUUGUUCCAAUUUCUCCCUAAGGUUUACCAUAGCAUAUCCAUGAUGAGAAGAAUGCAAAAAGUCACAGGCUAUAUCUUUGGCACCAUUUGUUGGGGAUUUGGACUCAAUCUUAUAGCUUAUUUCUUUGCCUCUCAGGUUGCUGGAGCGUGUUGUUAUGUCCUUGCCAUUCAACGCGUUGCAUCUUGUCUUCAACAGCAAUGUGACAGGUCUGUUGGAUGCAGUCUCCCUCUGUCAUGCUCAGAGGAAAUAUGUUAUCGGUCAUACUCAUUGUUUCCACCAGGAACCAUUGGAAAUUCAUGUGGUGGAAACUCAACAUUGAUACCGCCUGUGUGCUUAGAUGUCGAAGGACCUUUCAGAUAUGGGAUCUACAAAUGGGCACUUCCUGUCAUAUCCAGCGAUUCCUUGGCUGACAAGAUUCUUGAUCCCAUUUUUUGGGGUUUGAAGACUUUCAGCACUUUUGGAAAUAAUCUUGAACCCACAAGUAACUGGCUAGAAGUGAUUUUCAGUAUAUGCAUUGUACUUGCUGGAAUACUACUUUCCACUCUGUUGAUUGGUAACAUCCAGGUAUUCUUAGAAGGAGUCCUGGCAAAGAAGAGAAACACGCAGCUUAGACGUCGUGACAUGGAAUGGUGGAUGAGGAGGAGGCAGUUGCCAUCCCGGUUAAGACAAAGGGUUCGGCAUUUUGAACGUCAGAGAUGGGCAGCCAUGGGAGGAGAAGAUGAGAUGGAGGAACUUAUCAAAGACUUACCCGAGGGCCUGAGGAGAGACAUCAAGCGCUACCUUUGCUUGGACCUGAUUAAAAAGGUACCAUUAUUCCAUAACUUGGAUGAUCUUAUUCUUGACAACAUCUGUGACAGAGUGAAGCCCCUAGUCUUCUCUAGAGAUGAAAAGAUAAUUAGAGAAGGUGAUCUUGUACCAAGGAUGGUGUUUAUUGUCCGUGGAAGCAUAAGGCGAACCCAAAAUCUCAGCAAAGGCAUGGUAGCAACAAGUGUCCUUGAACCAGGUGGCUUUUUAGGCGAUGAACUUCUUUCAUGGUGCCUCAGACGCCCUUUUAUAGACCGGCUUCCGGCCUCCUCAGCUACAUUUGUGUGUCUCGAAUCAACAGAAGCAUUCGGUCUUGAUGCUCAAAAUUUGAGGUACAUAACUGAUCACUUCCGGUACAAAUUCGCAAACGAGAGGCUUAAGAGAACGGCGAGAUACUACUCGUCGAAUUGGAGAACAUGGGCUGCUGUCAACAUUCAAGUUGCUUAUAGGCGUUACAGGCAAAGGACUAGAGGUCUAGUGACUCUUGUAAGGGACAAUGGAGGCACCGAGCGCACACUCUGGCAGUAUGCUGCAAUGUUCACGUCAACUAGGCCACAUGAUCACCUUGAAUGAUAAAGUAUCUCCUCUAAGCUAGAACUUCAUCAUUACCUAUGUAUAUGAUGAAGUAUCUCCUUGUAAUAGCAGUUAGCACAAUAUCACAGUAAUGAAAAUAACAUUUUCUCUCCUAAGUGUUAACUUCAAUAAUCUACAACCUUCAUGUCUUCUUCAUUCGGUAUGUUUUGAUGAACUUUUUUCAGGAUCUAUGUUUUGUUUAUUAUAUGGUGAUAUUAAUACUGAGAAAUUAUCGAUAAUGAUUAAUUUGUAAUUGUAUGUGUUAGUUUUAAUAUAC